CUCAAGCAUUUCUUCCGUCUUUAUCAUUCAUUGCCCCAUUGAUUGGCGGUUUCCUUUCAUUCUUUCUACUCUCUUCAUUGCGCCGGUUCGCGACAUCCAUUCUUUGAAACCAUUCACUUCUAUCAUUCAAAAUGCCUUUCAACUAUCCGGUUUGGGCUACGCUCUUGGUGGCUGCCACCCAAGUCGCCGCUCAUGGCCAUGUCACCAAUAUCGUCGUGAACGGUGUCUACUACGCGGGUUGGGAUAUCAACACCGAUCCUUACAUGUCGGAUCCUCCCAAGGUCGCUGCAUGGCAAACACCAAACACUGCCAAUGGCUUCAUUUCUCCGGAUCAGUAUAAUUCGUCUGAUAUUAUCUGCCAUCUCAACGCCACCAAUGCCGAGGCUCAUGUGGUGGUGGCAGCUGGCGACAGCAUCAACCUCCAGUGGACUGACUGGCCGGAGAGCCAUCAUGGCCCGGUGAUUGACUACCUCGCUAGCUGUGAUGGGUCCUGCGAGAGUGUUGAUAAGACCAGUCUGAAAUUCUUCAAGAUCGACGGGGUUGGUCUUGUGAGUGACUCUGCCGUUCCCGGCACCUGGGGCGAUGACCAGCUCAUUGCGAACAACAACAGCUGGAUGGUCAAGAUUCCCGAAUCCAUCGCACCGGGAAACUAUGUCCUGCGCCAUGAGAUCAUUGCCCUCCACAGCGCUGGGUCGGAGGACGGUGCCCAGAACUAUCCCCAGUGCUUUAACCUUCAGGUGACUGGUUCUGGUAGCGACCAGCCUACUGGUGUGUUGGGAACAGCACUGUACACCCCGGAAGAGGCUGGCAUUCUGGUCAACAUCUACUCGAGCAUCAGCUCUUAUACGGUUCCAGGUCCUACGAUGUACAGUGGUGCUACGUCAAUCUCCCAGGCUACUUCUGCUAUCACUUCCACUGGCACGGCCGUGACAGGCUCUGGCAGCGCAGCCACCACUACCACUACCGCAAGCGCUACUUCUGCUGCUACCUCGUCUACAACCUCUGAUGAUAUCUCAUCUAUGUCAUCUGCUGCGAAGUCGCCUGCAACUUCUUCUGUCUCGGAAUCUCGUUCCUCUCCCUCUGCCCCCUCCACCUUGACCGCUCCUAUUGGCAUCGCAUCCUCUCUGCCUUUCGCUCCUUCCGCCACACGCACUACUAUGGUGACCAAAACCAAGGCUACCAGCACGCCGUCUUCCGCUGCAUCCAGCGGCACAGCCGUGGCGCUCUACUACCAAUGCGGUGGCCGUAUGUACACGGGAUCCACGACCUGCGUUGAAGGCGCCGUGUGCCACGAGUGGAAUGAAUUUUACUCCCAAUGUAUCUCCGCAUAGACAAUUAUCUUCAGGAUCCUCUGGACACAAAGAUUUGGUCAUUCCAUGACAAAUGAAAAUACAUCAAUGGGUUCCAUUAUAUAUAGAGUUCAUACUUCAUAUCCUGAAACGUAAAAUUCAUCCAUCCAUCC